AUGGCUCACCGCUGCCUGCAGCUGUCUGGGCUGUGCCGGCCUCUGAGCGGCGCUUUCCUUUCAUUAGUGCCUCAUAGCCGGCGCCCCGGGGCUUGCUGUGUGAGGAGGAUUUCCCGCCGUCGGCGGCACCUGUACGUCCCGACGUCACAGGGACCGGAACACAGGAGGCGGAUGACGGCAUCAGCCGGAGGAGAUGGCCGGGGACGCUGCAGGGGACACAUCGCGGGAGCGAAGGACAAGAUUCACACUCAAGUGACGAGAUUAAACAGGAACUCCUUACUAGCUAAUGUGAUAGCUGCGUACACAAGGUUAUGUGCCCAGCCUCCUAAAGGUUUUGAAAAAUAUUUUCCAAAUAAGAAAAUUGGCAAGGAAGCAAAUGAUUCCAAAGUGGAGCUGAAAGAUACUAAAGGUAAUGAAAAGCAUUCCUCUGGUGGAAGUGGUGACUCUGGAGGAGGUGACAAAAAAGGUGGGAAGAAAGAUAAAGAUUGGUGGACAAGGAUGAGUAAGGGGGACAUUCCUUGGGAUGAUCCUAAGUUCCGAACCUUCUUACUGAGCUUAACAGGCAUUUGGACUGCUAUUGUUUACUUCACCUUCCAUAAGAAGACGCAAGUAGAGAUCACAUGGAAAGACUUUAUUAACAACUACCUGUCGGAAGGCCUGGUGGAUCGACUGCAAGUAGUGAAUAAGCGCUAUGUACGGGUUAUCCUUACAUCUUACAAGACACAUUGGGAUGGGAAUACUGUCUGGUUCAAUAUUGGCAGUGUGGACUCUUUUGAGAGGAAUUUGGAAACCGUACAGCAAGAGCUUGGAAUAGAACCAGGGAAGAGAGUACCUGUGGUAUACAAAAUUGAGUAUGAUGGAACACUUCUUCUGAAUAUACUUCCAACUAUCCUCAUCCUUGGCAUCCUUCUCUAUUUUAUAAGAAGAGGACCUGUUGGUACAAAAGGAGGUCGAGGUGGGGGGGGGGCUCUUCGGUGUCGGAGAGACAACUGCUAAAAUACUCAAGGAUGAAAUUGACGUCAAGUUCAAGGAUGUGGCAGGAUGUGAGGAGGCAAAACUUGAGAUUAUGGAAUUUGUAAAUUUUCUUAAAAAUCCAAAACAAUAUCAAGAUCUAGGUGCAAAAAUACCAAAGGGUGCAAUUCUUACAGGUCCUCCUGGCACAGGGAAAACACUGUUGGCCAAAGCUACAGCUGGUGAAGCCAGUGUCCCAUUCAUUACAGUCAAUGGCUCCGAAUUUCUUGAGAUGUUUGUUGGUGUAGGCCCAGCACGAGUAAGGGACUUGUUUAGCAUGGCCAGAAAAAAUGCUCCCUGCAUACUCUUCAUAGAUGAGAUUGAUGCUGUUGGUCGGAAGAGAGGGCGAGGGAACUUUGGAGGCCAAAAUGAACAAGAAAACACACUGAAUCAACUUUUGGUGGAAAUGGAUGGUUUUAAUACAACAACAAAUGUAGUUGUGUUAGCUGGCACAAACAGACCUGAUAUCUUAGAUCCAGCUUUAAUGCGACCUGGUCGGUUCGACAGGCAGAUAUAUAUUGGGCCACCAGAUAUAAAAGGCAGAGCAUCUAUAUUCAAGGUUCACCUGCGGCCUUUGAAGUUGGAUAUUGCUUUAGAUAAAGACGCCCUCUCAAGGAAACUGGCUGCUCUAACUCCAGGGUUCUCUGGUGCAGAUAUAGCAAAUGUGUGUAAUGAAGCUGCCCUUAUAGCUGCCAGACACCUUUCAGAUGCUAUAAACCAGAAACAUUUUGAACAAGCUAUUGAAAGAGUAAUAGGAGGUUUGGAAAAAAAGACUCAGGUUCUCCAGCCGGAAGAAAAGAAGACUGUGGCUUAUCACGAGGCUGGGCAUGCUGUAGCAGGGUGGUUUCUGGAACAUGCAGAUCCUCUUUUAAAGGUUUCUAUUAUACCACGAGGAAGGGGAUUAGGCUAUGCACAGUAUUUGCCUAAAGAGCAGUAUCUAUAUACAAAGGAGCAGCUGCUAGAUAGAAUGUGCAUGACACUUGGUGGCCGAGUCUCUGAGGAGAUAUUUUUUGGAAGGAUUACAACUGGAGCACAAGACGAUCUGAAAAAAGUGACUCAGAGUGCCUAUGCACAGGUUGUCCAAUUUGGAAUGAGUGACAAAGUUGGCCAAGUUUCAUUUGAUCUUCCUCGAGAAGGGGAAAUGGUGUUGGAGAAGCCAUACAGCGAGGCAACUGCAAGACUGAUUGAUGAUGAAGUCCGUAAACUUAUCAACUUUGCUUAUGAGAGAACGGUGACGCUCCUUACACACAAGAAAGUGGAUAUUGAAAAGAUUGCUGUCCGACUCUUAGAAAAGGAGGUGCUGGAUAAAAGUGAUAUGGUUGAACUUCUGGGACAAAGACCAUUUGCAGAAAAAUCUACAUAUGAGGAAUUUGUUGAAGGUACUGGUAGCUUGGAGGAGGACACAACACUUCCUGAGGGUCUGAAGGACUGGAACAGAGAUCGAGAAAAGGAUAAAGAAGAACUAAAUGAUGAACAGACUGCCCGACACACCAGUGCAGGAAUGCCAUUUUGA